AUGGCGCAGGCGCAGGUGGGCCACCACCUAUUGUGCGGAGGAUUAAGACUAAUCACUACGACGGCGACAACAGGAAGAAGAAGAAGAACAGCCACCAUGGCCACCUCCGUUUCCGCCUACCAGAAGCUUCUCGCCGUCGGCACCAAGAUCAUUGCCGUCGGCCGCAACUACGCCGCCCACGCCAAAGAACUCGGCAACGCCGUCCCCAAGGAGCCGGUGUUGUUUAUGAAGCCAACGUCGUCGUAUUUGGAGAACGGAGGUAAGAUCGAAGUUCCCCACCCUUUGGAGUCCUUGGAUCACGAGGUGGAACUUGCCGUCGUCAUCGGCCAAAAGGCCCGUGAUGUUUCCGAGGCUUCUGCCAUGGAUUAUGUCGGAGGUUAUGCGCUUGCAUUGGACAUGACUGCCAGGGAAAUCCAAGCUGUUGCAAAGUCUGGAGGUCUUCCAUGGACUGUUUCCAAGGGCCAAGACACCUUCACACCAAUCAGCUCUGUUUUGCCUUGCUCAAUGAUUCCUGAUCCUCACGAUGUAGAAUUGUGGUUAAAGGUGGAUGGAGCUAUUCGGCAGAAGGGCUCUACGAAAGAUAUGAUUUUUAAGAUCCCAUAUUUGAUUAGCCACAUAAGUUCUCUCUUUACCCUUCUCGAAGGAGAUGUUAUUCUAACAGGCACUCCUCAAGGUGUAGGUCCUGUUAAGGUUGGUCAAAAGAUAGAGGUUGGUAUCACAGGCAUAUUGGAUAUUAAUUUUGAUGUUGGAAGACGGAAGAGUCUGAAAAGUUGA